ACGUAUGAGAGUUCUUGGCGACGCUGGUUGCUAGGGUACCGCGGCGCUCGCUCCGUUGCUAAGGAGAGCUCUGCUGCCGCCUGGCCCGGAGUACAUACGCGGAGAUGGACGCAACGGCGAAGCCUCUGAGGAUCCCCCCGCAAAUGGCCGUGUAUGCCGAGGAGCACCGAAUCUUUGAUAUACUCCAGAAAAUGGUGCAGAAUCUCCUCAUUGACCGACCGGAGGAUCCAAUCCAGUACCUGAUCGAUCACUUGCGGAAGGAUAAUGAUGGCGUGCCAAGAAUUGCUAUUUUGGGCCCCCCCGCCUCAGGAAAACACACCAUGGCGAAGCUCCUGUGUAAGCGUCUGAAUGCCACUCACCUCACUCCAGAGAAUUUGUUGUCAAAUGAUGUCUCCGAGCUGGUGGAGGAAGCGCUCUCGUACAAAGGCAAAGACCAGGAGAUCCCAGACGCGCUGUGGGCCGGCCUCAUCCGAGAGCGACUGUCAAAAGUGGACUGCGUGAAACGGGGUUGGGUCAUUGAAGGAUUUCCCCGGACCAGGGAGCAGGGAUUACUCCUACAGAUGAAUGGGACAUGUCCGGAUCAUAUCGUUGUCCUGGAUGCUCCAGAUAUUGUCCUAAUAGAGAGGAAUAUGGGAAAGAGGAUCGACCCCACCACAGGAGAGGUCUACCACACCGCAUUUGAUUGGCCUGAAGACCCUGAAGUACAGAAGAAUUUGGUGGAACCAGAGGGGAUCUCAGAAGAGGAAACUGGAAAGAAGUUGCUGGAAUAUCACGGAAACAUCCAUGGAAUUCUGCUAGUUUUCCCCACGAUUUACAAGAAGAUUAAUGCAGAUCAGCCGUGCAUGGACGUCUUAUCGCAAGUUCUCACCUUUGUGUUAAGCAAACCUCGCUCGCUGGCCCCUUACACCCCGCGAAUACUUCUGUACGGACCUCCAGGCAGUGGAAGAAGCCUCCAGGCUGCGUUCCUGGCAGAGAAAUAUGACAUUGUCAAUGUUUCCUGUGGUCAAGUCCUUAAGGAAGCUGUGGCCGACCAGACGAAAACGGGGCUGCUGAUCGAGCCGUACAUAGAGAACGAGCAGCAAGGAUCUUCUUUCUGGACAUCCCUGAUGACGUAGCCAUAGAGCGUCUGUCGCUACGUAUGACGGAUCCUGUCUCAGGGGAGAGGUAUCACAGCCUGUACCGUCCGGCGCCCCGAGUGGACGUGCACAGGCGCCUACAGCAGAACCCGACGGACGCGGAGCAGAAGGUUCAGAUGAGGUUAGACAUGUAUCACGUCAGUGCGGAGGAGCUGGAGGAGUUUUAUCAAGAUGUCAUCCAUGUUAACGCUGAUCAAGACCCGUACACCGUCUUCGAGUUCAUUGAAAGCUGCAUUGUCAAACCCCUUCCAAAGCGCGUCCCCGGGGAGGCGCCGUCUCCCUAAUCACUCGCAGCACGUACAGCGCGAUCUGUUCGCUCGGAUUAGCUGGCGGUGCAUUGUGCCGUCUGAGGGGGCACGUUCUGCGCUCUCACCUGAGUCACCACCAGCGCUCGCGCCUCAUCUGAUCGAGAAAAAUAAAGGAAAUCUGAUGGGUA